AUGUUUACAAUUGUAUUUCCCUUCAACUUUUUAGCUUAUACACAUGAGUAUACAACAAUAUCUGUCCCUUUAGAUGUCGAAAUAAACAAUGAUGGUAUUAGAAAUCCAGCAGGUCAUUUUGUUCAAGUCGAGGAUAAUUUAAUUACGGGCAUUAGGAUGCAACCCUUACCUCAACAUAAUGAUUUUUCAACGGAUAAUCGAUUUGAAAAUUUUAUAAAGAAACAUUCGAUAACGUUACAAAUAAUUUCUUUUAUAAUAUUAACUUUCCUUGCAUUUUACGCACUCAUUUUAUAUAACGCUGUGUGGUAUACGUAUAUUCAAGUAUUAAUUAUAAUAGCUCUUGUUUUUUCGAUAUUUAAUGGCCUUAGUUUUUUAAGUGCACUCAAAAUAUUUGUUAGUUUAAUAAGUGGAGAAUCCAGUGAUUAA